GGCGCCGCCGCCGCCGCCGCCGCCCGCCUCAGCCCAACAUGGCGAUGCACAACAAGGCGGCGCCGCCGCAGAUCCCCGACACCCGGCGGGAGCUGGCGGAGCUCGUGAAGCGGAAGCAGGAGCUGGCGGAAACACUGGCAAACUUGGAGAGACAGAUCUAUGCCUUUGAAGGAAGCUACCUGGAAGACACGCAGAUGUAUGGCAACAUUAUUCGUGGCUGGGAUCGGUAUCUGACCAACCAAAAAAACUCCAAUAGCAAAAACGAUAGAAGGAACCGGAAGUUUAAGGAAGCAGAGCGGCUCUUCAGUAAAUCCUCAGUUACUUCAGCAGCUGCAGUGAGUGCUUUGGCAGGAGUUCAGGACCAGCUCAUUGAAAAGAGGGAGCCAGGAAGUGGGACGGAAAGUGACACUUCUCCAGACUUCCACAAUCAGGAAAACGAGCCCAGCCAGGAGGACCCUGAGGAUCUGGAUGGAUCUGUGCAGGGAGUGAAACCUCAGAAGGCUGCUUCUUCCACCUCCACAGGGAGUCAUCACAGCAGCCAUAAAAAGCGAAAGAAUAAAAACCGGCACAGCCCGUCUGGCAUGUUUGAUUAUGACUUUGAGAUUGAUCUGAAGUUAAACAAAAAACCACGAGCUGACUAUUAGAAGACUCAUUAGUGCAGACGCUUCCAGGCUGUAGAGCCCUGCUUCCCUCCUCCGACCUCACAAAGAUGAGCAUCCUUCACCUGAGUGCGUGGCCAUCCACCUCUGCUUUCCCAGACCCCAGUGCCUGUGACUUUUGAGUCGUUUGUUCUGAAAUGUGGUGACAAACAAGUCAUUUCCAUAAGACCACAUUGGAUCAUUUACUUUGUGUCAUUUUUAGUAACUGAACUGCAGGAAGACACACGACAUGGUUAUACUCCCAACAAGUUGCUAACCGUGCAUUCCUCCCUUCUUGGAAUGAAUGUCUCCCCCCACCCCCCCGAACUGGCUGGCACCAGCUUCAUCCGUCAUGCGCAUGGAAAAAUGUUCUCUGGGUUUGUUUUAUGCUGAAUGUAGAACACAGGUCACAUUUCAGAGGGAGGCUGUAAAUAUCUGACGUUUUCUUAUUUUGUUUGUGUUUUAUCAUUUUUCUAUUAUUGUUUUUACCAUCUUAUUUUCUUUGGGGACUUUUUGUAAUGCCAUUGUACAGCGCAUACCUUCCUGCUGACAUAUCUGAUAAUCUCUUUUGUGCAGUUGCCAAUAUUCUUAACUGAAUAUAAUCUGGUUUACCAUAAAUAGAAUGGGACUUGGCUUUUUGUUUUUCUGCAGAGGGAAGGUAAAGAGUGUUUAUUUAAUAAUUACCUACCUGAAAUCUUUCUGAGUUGAAAGCAGUUUCAUGUUCAAGGAACAAGAAAAACUGAAAAACAUAAGUUUGAAUCAACCCUUUUAAAAUAUUUUUAUUCUUUUGUAUAAAUAAAAUUUCACAGGCUUUGACUUCUCAUGCUUUACUUUUUAAAAAAACUUUUUAAUUGAAGGAUAAUUGCUUUACAGAAUUUUGUGUCCUGCUUUACUUUUAAACCUGAGAUUGUUUUUUGUUUAUUUUCACUUAUUUAUUCGUAUCAUGCCUUAUGGAAAUUUCUCUUUUUCCAGCUUUUCUUUCUUUGAUGGUAUUUGCCUGGUUAAAUACUGCUGUAAAAAUCACUAAGGCAAAUGGAAGGGCUCCAAAUUGUACCCAGAACUGGUAACGCCUGGAGUUCUAGAGCAGAGUAAAUGACAGGUUCAUGGAGAGGCCACGACACCAGCAGAUGCCCCUUCCUAAUGGAGUGGAUGGGCUGAGGCGCCUGCUGGUGGUCGUUGCCUGCCUCUGGAGCAGUGGCCACCCACCUUGGCUGCGCAUUGGAACCACCUGGGAUGCUUAGAGAAACACCGAUGCCGGGUCCUACCCGCCCCGCCAGGACUCUUAUUCGCGUAGAGUCUGAUAGUGGAGGUAUUCUUCCCAAGAGUCCCUGGCAUUCUGAUAGGAAGCCAGGAUGAGAGCCCCUGCAUUAGGAGACUGGAUUGUUCGGGUUAAGUCCUAUGUCUUGUAUCAGUCUAAGGGAUAAGCUGUGGGGCCUCGACUUUCCUUUGACUCUAUUUAGUCAUAGCCCUUUACAUACGUCCAUAUCUUUGUUAGAAAAAAUAUGUCCCAUUUGUGGUAAUAUUGGUAGAGUUAAAAUAUGGAUGGUGGCUAUUAUCAAGACACAUCUACCUUGUCAAAUGUUUGCAGAAGCUUUCACUCUUGUUCUCAAAUAAACUUUCUUUUUUUGA